AUGCAGACCCACGGCGCAUGGCAUUUGGCCACACCAGGAACGGGUGUCUGGGACGACGGUCAAGUCCUGUGGCAGUCGAUCCGCGUUGGAGCUGCUGGGUCACCAGUCUGCUCUCGGGGUUUGUCUUGCCUGUCUGGCACUUUUGAUGCAAUCCACCAACGAUCCUGA